CAGACUCACGUCACUUCCACCAGAGAAGAAGAAGCAGAGAAGUGCGCGUGUUGUGGUUGCCCUGAGCAUGAGUAGCAGUGAGUGUGUGAGUGUGGAGGUCGCGCUCGCCCGACAUGUCUGUCCUCUACCCGACUCUCCUGCUGUGCGCGUACGGCUUCUUCUCCAACCUGCGGCCGUCGGAGCCCUUCCUCACCGCCUACCUGAUGGGGCCGGACCAGAACCUGACGGAGAGCCAGAUCGUCAGUGAAAUAUAUCCAGUAUGGACGUAUUCCUACCUGGCGUUGCUGUUCCCCGUGUUCCUGGCCACUGACUACCUCUGUUAUAAGCCUGUACUGGUCCUGCAGGCCAUUAGCUUGGUGGUUACCUAUGUCAUGCUGCUGAAGACGCAGGGCCUGUUGGCCAUGCAGCUCCUGGAGUUUUUCUUUGGGCUGGCAACGGCCUCGGAGGUGGCCUACUACUCUUACAUCUACAGCGUGGUUGAGCCAGCACACUACCAGAGAGUGACGGGCUACUGCCGCAGCGUUGCCUUGUUUGGAUCGGCCGCGGGGUCUCUGAUCGGACAGCUUCUGCUUUCCGUGGCCAAAGCUCAUCUGCGCCACCUCGUCAUUGUCACUCUGGCAUCGGCCGCCGUGGCGUUUGUUGCUCCCUGGUUUCUACCAAUGCCCAAGAGGAGCUUGUUCUUCCACAAGAGCUCAGCAGCAGCAGAGAAGAGGCCGCGCAGCAGCAGCACGCCCCUCAUGGUGAAGGCGGAGGAAUUGGAGAGCAAAGUGCCUCUGAACAGCCGUGAUGACUCCACGAUAUCCAGGUCCUCUGAGGCAGAAAGCCAGAGCAGCGGUCUUGUGGAGGUGAUGCAAAUGCUGUUCGCCGAUUUCCUGGAGUGCUACAAGUGUCGCCCCCUGCUUGCCUGGUCGGUGUGGUGGGCUCUGGCCACGUGUGGCUACUUCCAGGUCGUCAACUAUGCUCAGCCACUGUGGGAGAACAUUCGUCCAUCCAAGGACUAUGAAAUCUACAACGGCUAUGUGGAGACACUGUCCACUCUGUUAGGGGCUCUGGCAGCUCUGCUGGUGGGCUACCUACCGAUAUGCUGGGCUCUGUGGGGCGAGCUGGUUCUGUGCGUCCUCUCCCUGCUGAUGGCUACGUGUGUGUUUGUCAUGGACACACUGAGGCAAAUCUGGCUGUGUUACGCCUCAUACAUCCUCUUCAGAGCCACGUACAUGCUGCUAAUCACAGUGGCCACAUAUCAGAUUGCAGCCAGUCUCAGCACGCAGCGGUACGCCCUGGUGUUUGGAGUCAACACCUUCAUGGCUCUCCUGCUGCAGUCUCUGCUCACGUUCGUGGUGGUGGACUCGGCCGGCCUCGGCCUCGACAUCUUCACUCAGUUCCUCAUCUAUGGCGGCUACUUUGCAGUCAUUUCCACAGUCUUCCUCAUCGCUGGCCUUUUCAGACUUGCCUCCAGGAGGCGCUGCGAGCAGGACGUCAUGGCCAACAGCCGAGCAGAAACGGAGUCGGACUCUCCUCCCAUCAGCGAUGCGUGCUCCAGCAGAUAAAACAUAAUCAAACUGGCGCAGUAAAGCACCAAAGCAGAGAGAUCGCAUUGACUCACAGGGUGAGCAUUAACUCUUCAGCUGCACUGUAGUAGAAAGUAGAGACUAAAACCUACAGUCUGUAACGACUGCAGGCUACUCACUGUUUCUUUACCUACACUUAUUUAAACACUUCUGGCCACUAGGGGCCAGGGGAGCGUAGAACAAUCUGACAGUCACAGCCGAAGCAAAUUAUUGUGAUGGACUCUUGUGUGUAGAGGACGACAAACAGACGUGGUGGCCCCCCCCAAAAGUGAAGCCAAAGAAUCUCGAUCGCCACCUGAUGGCUGGCUGCAGUAUUGGUCUUAAAUCCUGGCUCCUCCAUGUUAGUGGAGGGGACAUGGACCAGACGAAAGAAAGUACUCGUCAAAGAGAUUUUUCCCAAAGAUGGUUUCUGUCAGUUUAGGUAGUCAUUACCACACCGACACUUAUCAAGUGUUCAUGUGACCUUUAAAUUUGGUUUUGAUUAGUUAUUUGAUGAUCUAAAAUCAUCUCUCAGCCCAGGCUCCAUGCCUUAUGUCGUCUAUCUUUAUAUACAGCCUAUGGUACGUAGUGGGAUCGUUAUGUCUGAGGUGGCUGCUGCUGGUUACUCUGUUAAUACUUGAUAGCACUUAGACUAAACACAGAAAAGGUGUAGUGAGCAUAUUAACGCACAAACGUCAUAACAUUGAAUGUGAUCAUCAGGUGACACCACUUUACAGAUGGACAGGAAUCCAUUUCUGUGCUUUUCCUUAUUGAAGCUGAUGCCUUAGACUUGAUGAACUGAACUAAAGAACAGAUAUGAAUGGUACUUUGUUACUACUACUUAGCUGUGUUAAAUCUUAUACCAGCCAAAAGAUAUGCUUCUAUUUUUCUAUUUAUUAUUUUCUCCUUAUAACUUAUAGAUUGAGUAUUGUUUUGUCAAUGAUAAGUAUAGGCACUGAUAAGCUGUAUCAGGCUUAUCUAUAUGUACUGUACUACACAAUACUGAUGAGGCCUGGAAUGUUCCCUUCUCAACCAUACCUUUUUAAUACUGUUUAUGGGCCUGUUCAUGUGAGGUGCUCGGUUCCGUUGAAAGACGAGUUGCUGUGUUUUGAAGAAGUGCCUCAAAAGGUCAAAGAAUACCUGGAGCUGCUUCCUUUCUGCAAAAUAUAUUCAGGAACGUUUUCAGGGCACGAGAAGAUACAUUUCUUGAAUAUAAAGUUGCGACCAAAUCGCUGCCUCGAAUCAACUGAAUGAAUUUUGAAGAAAUUAACAUACGGCCAAAUCGUGUGUGUGUGUGUGUGUGUGUGUGUGUGUGUGUGUGUGUUCUCUUCUGGCCAAAUGUUAUGUUUUCUUUUUAUUCAUGUCAAUAUAAAAUCCUGCUAGAAGAGUUGGAUUUACAACUUAAUAACUCUCACUGCUGUAGAAAAAACAUGGUUUGUUUUGUAGUUAAAUGACAAUGUGAAGUGAGGACACUGUUUGCCUGGUCAGUGAAAAGACCCAGAAUACAUGAUGAUGAUGAUAUGAAUAAUGAUAAUUCUUAUUAUUAAGGCUUCACUAUAAUGUUGGGAAUUAAUGUAUUGUUGUUUGAACAUGUGUUCUCCUACCAAGAAAAUACUGUAUCCAUGCAGUUGAAAUGAAAUACUACAAGUACAACUACGAUAGUGUUACUUUGAGUCAAAGUGGUUGGAAACACACAUUUGUCAUUAAUGCUAAGCAGCUGAAUGUGUUCAUUCUGUGUUUCCUGGAUAACUUGUGGUCACAUAUUUGUGUGCCCCCACUAAAAAGUUUAUACUUGAAAAAUUAAAAGUUGAUGUCUAUGCAAUACUUAUCACAAAUAAACUUUUCUAAUGUUCUCUA